AUGUCGCCCGCGUCGACGUCGCAGAGCCCGCUGCUCCAGCAGAUGCGCAAACGGAAGCGCAAGAAUGGGUGGUGGGCGAGGCACGUAUCAGGGCCGGUGUCGCGCUUCUCCCUCGUCGAGUUCAUCUUUGUCCGGAAGAUCAAGCCAUCCCCACCGCGAUCGGUCUACAUAAAUCAACCCCUACCCUCGGAAUUUUUCGACAAGAAGGGCAAACCCCUCUCAUCCCGCCGCUUUGACUCGAAUCAAAAUGUCACGUCAAAGUAUACCAUCUUCACCUUCCUCCCGAGGAACCUGUUGGAGCAGUUCCGGCGUGUGGCCAAUUGCUUCUUCUUGUUUAUCAAUAUCCUCCAAUUCUUCCCCCAAUUCUCGACCAUCAACCCCGGACUGGUCAUGCUCCCGCUCAUCGCGGUGCUCCUUAUUACGGCGCUGAAGGACGGAUACGAAGAUAUCAAGCGGCAUCAGGCCGAUAAGAAUGUCAACAAUUCGAUCAUCCACACCCUCGGCGGGGAGGGGUAUGAAAAUAUCAACCCGAUGAAGUCUAAAUCCAAGACUUUCGUGCCGAAAAUCCCGAUCCCAUCGUUCAAGAGCAAAAAGGCGAGGCGGAGGGAAGCGAAAGAGGCCGGGAAUAUGGUGGCUAAGACGUACCAGAGGGAGGCGGCCGAGGAGCAGGAAGAGACGGAGAGGCAAUUGCGGGGAGAGAGGGAAGAUGGGGAGGAUCUGGGUCGGGCAAGGACGCAAGUGUCGACAUGGGAGGAUGAUCCAGAGGCGGGAGAUAGGGCGAAUGAGCUGGGAUGGCACAGGACAUUAUGGGAGGAUUUGAAGGUGGGGGAUAUCGUCAAGAUCUAUGACCACGAACAAUUCCCAGCUGAUAUUGUCAUCUGCGCAACGUCGGAAGAGGAGGACGUCGCUUUCAUCGAGACCAAGAAUCUCGAUGGAGAGACAAACCUCAAAUCUCGCCAUGCGGUCACCGGUCUCACCCACCUCAACACUGUCCAAGCUUGCCGCAACGCAAAGCUCCGGGUCGACCUCGACGCGCCAGAAGUCAACAUGUACAAGCUCAACGGAGCCAUUGUCACCGAGGACGUGAUGGGCAAUGACGGUCUUCCUGCUGUCCACCCUAUCUCCCUCGAAACUACCCUUCUCCGUGGCUGUGUCCUCAAAAACACAGCCUGGGUCAUCGGAAUCGUCAUGUACACAGGUCACGAUACCAAGAUUAUCCAAAAUUCAGGCGCCACCCCGUCCAAGCGGUCCAAGGUCGAGCGGCAGAUGGAUCCCCAGGUGCUACUCAAUCUGGCGCUCCUCGGUGUCCUCGCCACGGUCUGCGCGGUCGUCAACUACUUCAACGAGGUCCGGUGGAUCCAAGAGGGAACGUACUGGACCUUGUAUGCCGACACCCGGGGAGACGGCGCAUCGGUCAACGGGAUCCUCACCUUUUUGAACGCGUUCAUCACGUUCCAGAAUAUCGUCCCGAUCUCGCUCUACAUCUCGAUCGAGUUUGUGCGUACCGCUCAGGCGGCGUUCAUCUACUUUGAUCGGGACAUGAAAUACACAAAGAAUGGGGUGGUUACACGGACUCAGGCGAGGAGCUGGACUUUGUCGGAUGAUUUGGGGCAGGUCGAAUAUGUCUUCUCGGAUAAGACUGGUACCUUGACCCAAAAUGCCAUGAUCUUCCGUCAAUGCUCGGUCGGCGGCAAAGUCUACUCUGGCGACGGUGAAGUCCCGGAGAAUACCCUAAUCAAGGCGUCAUCGUCGGAUUCUGACUCGUCCACCGCCCACAACUCCCCUGGUAUCAAACUCCCCGACACCACAAGUCCCGAUGUCAAGGUCCGUCUGCCCAAGGAGGUCCUUGCGCCCUUCCACGACAAGACCCUCGAGAUGGACCUGCAGGAGCACGACACGGAGCAGUCCCGGGUCCUGCACGGCUUCUUCGCGGUCUUGGCUCUCUGCCAUACCGUCCUCGCGGCUGAGAUGGAGCCGGGCGUGAUCGAGUACAAGGCGCAGUCCCCCGAUGAGGCCGCUCUCGUCCAGUCUGCGGCGGACGUCGGAUUCGUCUUCCGCGGUCGGGACAAGAACAUCCUUCGUCUCUCGACGCCGUUCUCGGAGACGCCGGACGAGUACGAGCUGCUCAAUGUUCUCGAAUUCAACUCUACUCGGAAGCGGAUGUCGGUCAUUCUUCGCAAGAUGGAUGACGAGGGGCGUCUCUUCCUCCUCUGCAAGGGCGCGGACAAUGUCAUCUUUGAGCGCCUGACCAAGGACAGCUCGCAAGCGGAACUCCGGGAAAAGACGGAUAAGGAUCUGCAGUACUUUGCCUCGGAAGGUCUGCGGACGCUCUGUCUCGCUUACAAGGUACUGGAUCUGGCGGAGUACGAGCAGUGGUCCAAGGAUUACCACCAGGCGAGCGUUGCGCUCGAUGAGCGGGAGGAGAAGAUUGAGGAGGUGUCGAGCAGGAUUGAGCAAGGGCUCAGCCUGCUCGGUGCCACGGCUAUCGAGGAUAAGCUGCAGGACGGGGUACCAGAGUGUAUUUCCGAUUUGAAGCGGGCGGGCAUCAAGGUCUGGGUAGCGACGGGUGACAAGCUCGAAACCGCCGUUGCUAUCGGCUAUACCACCCACCUUCUCACCAACGAGACCAACCUCAUCAUCGUCCGGGAAGGCCGGCAUUCGGUCAAGGACCAGAUCCUCGAUGCCCUCGAGGGGUUCUUUGGCGAACACGAGCUCGCGCGCGUCAUCUCGCGCGUCUCGACCGUCAGCGGCCGGCCCGGUCUCGAGCGGAUCAACACUGGCGCUCGCUCCCUCGUCGGCGACAACAACGGUCAUCGUCCCGGCGGCUUCUCGCUCGUCAUCGAGGGGUCGGCUCUGGCGCACUGUUUCAGCGACCCCGAGACGAACGACCUCCUCCUCGCCCUCUCCACCCGGUGCAAUACCGUCAUUUGCUGCCGUGUCUCGCCGCUCCAAAAGGCGCAGAUCGUCCGGCUCAUCAAGGACAAUCUUGGCGUCAUGUGCCUCGCCAUCGGUGAUGGUGCCAAUGACGUCUCGAUGAUCCAGGCCGCGGACGUCGGAGUUGGUAUCUCGGGCGAGGAGGGUCUCCAAGCCGUCAACUCAUCCGAUUACGCCAUUGCUCAGUUCCGGUACCUCCGGCGCCUGCUUUUCGUCCACGGUCAAUGGUCGUACUUCCGGAACUCGUCCAUGAUUCUCAACUUCUUUUACAAGAACAUGAUCGGUAUCGGAGUGCUCUGGUGGUUCCAGCCCUUCUGUGGCUUCUCGACCACCUACGUAUUCUCCUACACCUACCUCCUGUUCUGGAACGUCUUCUGGACGCUCGUCCCCGUCCUCGCCAUCGGUCUGUUCGAUCGGAACAUUGACGCCCACUCGCUCAUGACCAUCCCCGAAUUGUACCGGUACGGUCGGGAAGGGCGCUACUUCCGACUCCGGCGGUUCUUCUACUACAUGCUGGAAGGCAUUUUCCAAUCGGCGGUCAUCUACUACUUCCUCCACUAUACCUACCUCACCCCGUCAUCCCGCCCCGACGCGUGGGACGUCUAUAUUUACGAGGCGUCCACCACGAUGGCCAUCGCGGCCGUCAUGGUCGCCAACUUCUUCACCGGUCUCAACAUCUACGCCUGGGUCGGAUGGACAUAUUUCGGUAUCCUCCUGGGACCCUUCCUCGUCUGGGUCUACACUGCCGUCUUUUCGUCCAUCCCGCCCAGAUCAUUCGUGACCGGCGUAUAUGGAAAUCAGGUCUUCCUCUUCCGCUCCUACGCAUUCUGGUUCGGCUGGCCAUUCGUCCUCGUCAUUGCCCUUCUUCCGCGUUACUUGAUCCGCGUCGCCCGCCAAAAUUACUUUGCGGACGAUAUCGACCUCAUGCGGCUCGUACGCCGGAUCAAUCCCGAGAUUGACCCCGCGACGCACCCUAUGCUGGGCGGCAAGUUUGCAGAGAAGGAAAAGACGGAAGAGGUCGAUACGGACCGCGGAGAUAUUCCGAUGAAGGAGCUGCAGGGUGGUGUGGUGGAUGUCAAGGCGCAGACGCCGAUGGCUGUGGAUGAGGAAGUGGGCAGGCCGAGCAUCGGCGCGGGAAGGCCAAGUAUGAGCUCGGCGAGAUUUGGGAUGCACGGGAGCGCGAGGGGUAGUGCCGUUGACAUGUCUACUGGAGUGACCAGACAAGCGUCAAGAGGCUUCGACUUUGACACCGAGGAGAAUGGCGUAGCCAUGGCUCGCAUGCAAUCUCGCCUGUCUCAGGUAUCAUCCCACCGUCGCGGCAAUCGCCUGCUACCCAAUCGUUCCUCCCCUCUCAAGCCAAUAUCAGGCUCCACCUCCAACCCCUUCGGCAUCUCGCGUAUCCGCGAGCGCGCAGGAUCAGUCUUCUCGCCGAAAAAGCGUAGAGAUACAACAGCGACCAAAGCGUCUGUGACGACGGCUACGUCGGAAGAACCGGCCGAGACAGGGACCGGGGCCACGGCGACAGGGACAGCAGGGUCGAAGAGUAGAAAGGCGACCGACUCGCGGACGGGCGAGGUGCUUGAGGAGAGGCAGAGAUCAGGAAGUGGGAGUGCAGAUAUCAAUGCGGAUCUGGAAGGUGGGGAUGUGUUUGGACAUGGGUUUGGGAUUGGAAAGUCUGGGAUGCCGCCAAGAGGGGGCCCGACUGUAUAG